GUCGUCCUGCAGUGGUAAAUGAACUGGCAACCAGACAUGAUUCUUGCAUUUUGUUUCGCUCUUAUUUUCAUGUGUGGGCGAUGCACUGAUGACCAGAGUUUUGUGACAAAGACUGUUGGUGUCGGUGAAGAUGUAACGCUGAGAUGUACUCGCCUGACAUCGGUGGGAGGAUUUCUAUUUUGGACACGGCUAAUUGCUGGAAGGUUUCCUGUAGUCUUGGGAGCAACAUACACAUUUAAUAAUAGCAAUGUUAACAAGACUCCUCGGAUUGAAACAAAACAAGAGCCUCGAACAUUUGUGCUGCACAUCACAAAAGUAGAGUUAAGUGACGCUGCAUUUUACUACUGUGAAGAACAAAGCGAACUAAGAAAAAGACGCCUGAAUACAACUUUACUCAGAGUCAAAGGAACAGAACCUAAUGUCACUGGUGUCCUUCAAGUCAUUCCAUCUAUUCGAGUCCAUACAGGAGACUCUGUGACUCUUCAGUGUUCAGUCAUCUUUGACUGCAAGAACCAAAAAUGUGCAGGUGAACACAGCGUGCAGUGGUUCAGAGCCGAAUCACAGUGCUCUCAUUCCAGUGUAAUUUAUGCUGACAAAAACACUGGGUUUUGUGAGAAGAGGACCGAGACACAGUUAUGUGUCUAUAGCUUCUCAAGGAACAUCAGCUCCUCUGAUGCUGGGACUUAUUACUGUGUUGUGACUUUGUGUGGGGAGAUCGUUUUUGGACAUGGGACAAACCUGGGCACAGAAAUGGAAAGCACACGGCUGACGGAAAACACUGGUGUGUUUGUGUUGUGCUUUGCUUUGGUGAUAAGUCUGAUCGUUAUAGCUGGUCUUGUGUACGCCAUCAAGAAAGAAACGCAUCAAUCUUGCAACGCUAUUUUUGCUUUGCAACAAAAUGAUUCAACAUCCAGUCAUGAUCAGGAAAUUCAGCAGACAAAUGAAGACUUGUUGGUGUAUUCAGCACUGAACUUUACCCAAAGGAAAGCUGACAAGAGAAUAAGGAGAGAAGUCAUUUCAUCAGAAGAUUAGAGCUGCCCACUGCUGUCAGUGUGUCCUAACUGAUAUGGUGCAGUGUGUAAUACGUGAAGAAAAAGUGGAAAUAUGGAGAAGGAAAAGUCUUAAAUUUUUUUUUUUUUUUUUUAGUGUACGAUCGUAUUUCUUCUGAGUGACAUGAAAACAGUGCUUAAAUGUUUGAAAUCAUACUCUGCAUCUGUUGCAUAGUUACAUUUAAUUCCUGUGAAUUGUCUUCAAUAUACACUCACUGGCCUCUUUAUUAGGUACACUUGUUCAAUUCUAGACGUGGUGAUGACGACUUGCUGAAGUUCAAAUCAAGCAUCAGAAUGGGGAAGAAAGGGGAUUUAAGUGACUUUGAGCGUGGCAUGAUCUACUGGAAUUUUCAAGCACAACCAUCUCUAGAGUUUACAGAGAAUGGUAUGAAAAAGAAAAGAUAUCCAGUGAGCGGCAAUUGUAGGGGUGAAUAUGCUUUGUUAAUGUCAGAGGUAAGAGGAGAAUGGGCAGACUGGUUGAAUGGGCGACUGCAUGAUGUUAUCAUGUCAAUAUGGACCAACAUCUCUGAGGUUUCCAACAUCUUGUUGAAUUUAUGCCAUGAAGAAUUAAGGCAGUUCUGAAGGCAAAAGGAGAUCCAACACAGUACCAGCAAGGUGUACCUAAUAAAGUGGCAGGUGAGUGCCUUCUGUGGCUAUGCAUACACUGCAAAAACUGAUAUCUAAGAAAGUAAAAAAGACUUGUUUAAAGAAAAUUUGACUGAAUUUUUGCCUAAAUAGAAAAAUAAUCUUGUCAAGCUUUUUUUUACAUAUGAAAAAAUGUCUUUUUGGGAAAGGCAACAGAUUUCAAAUCAUACAAGCAAAGGAACAAGAUUGUUUUCCUUAUUUUGAGAGGCUAAUCUUAGAAUAAGAAUCCUGUCUAGUUUUAAGGUAAAUUUGUUUAUUCAGUGCCAUUAUUCAGACAUUUUGCUAGUUUUGAGAAUUCUAAUCAAGUAAUUUUUUCUUACCCCGCUGGCAGAUUUUUUUUUAUUUUAUUUUUUUGCUUCAUACAAGACAAUUUGGCAAGAUUUCUCAAAGCUAGCAAAAUUUGUGAAAUUUCAGCUACAGUUUGCUGGAAGCCACAUAGGAGUCUCAAACCCAGAUUUGAUCCAUUUUCUCACGUUAAGAUCCUUCUUCUGUGUGCCACUCCACCAGGAAUUUGUCACUGGUGGUGCCACAGUCAAAACUUGCAUUCUGUCCGGUCUGUCCAGUCACAGCAACAGGUGCCUAUAAAUUAUUCAGAAUUAUAUGAUUACAGAGCUCACAUGAAUUUAAGAACUCUGUUCUGUGUUCUGUAAAAUUCUCUGUUUCUCAGAGAUUCUCGAACUGCAACUAAUUUACCACUAAAAUGAACAGAAUAGUCAGAUUUACAAUUCAUUUUAUUUACACUGUAUUGCCACUGUUUUUUUUUAAUUAGAUUCUUUUAAAACAUUCAAAAACCCAAAAGUAUCUUUACCCUCACAAAGACCAAUGUGGAAUUUCAAAUGUUAUCAGAAAUAUUUCAUCAUAUAAAAUGCUGAUACAGUAAUAAACAGGACUACAAGAGAUCAAACCCAAUUACACAGACAUUACUUGCUGAAAAUUUUGAUUUAUUUAGAAAAUUGUAAAACACAGAAAUAUUUCUGAACAUGUAUGGAAAGACAAACUUGUGUAAAUGAUAGAGUUGAUAACUGGAACAGGCAAGAAGGAAACAUUACAAAAAAAUGUGACACCAAAAUAACAAACAUCAAAAAUGGAAUAUAAAUUUUGCAAGCUCUGUUUCAGGAACAUCUGGUUUAGAAGGUCAUGAUUCAACAUGAUGCAAUGGCAAGAGGACAAUCCAAAUCUGUUAAAUUAAAGCAGGUGAUAUUGAGGUUUUUUUUUUUUUUUUUUUUAAAGAUGAGUUCAGGGAGGCUGGGAGAUCCCAAUUACACUCAUUGGCUCCUCACAGUACUGUUUUCUCCAUUAUUUUGUUUAUUUUUAUUUUGUUUUAAUAUAUCUUUUUUUUUUCUUUUGCUUGUGUAGUUUAAACCACUCUGAUGUUUACUUUGAAAACUUCAUGUGUCGAGUACAGCUUGUGUACAAUCUCGCAAAAUGGUUAAAUGCAGCAUUUGUGAAAACAAAAGAAAUAAAUGGUUACAGCAAUUUUGCAAAGCCAUCCAUCCAUCCAUCCAUUUUCUUCCCCUUUAUCCGGAGUCGGGUCACGG